CAAAAAUCAAUUUUUUUUAAAUUAAAGUUAAAACUACGGGCAACGCCGAGCACUUCAGCCAAGGGUUUCCAUGAGAUGACAAUAUUUUUUGCGAAAUAUUUGCGCAAUUUUUUUGCGAAAUUUUGAUCAUGAUGCGCAAUGAGUUCUGCGCAGUUUUUUGCGUAAUUUGCGCAAAACCGGAAUUAUUUCGCAAAAUGAAAUUCUUCGCGCAAAACAUGAAAAUUUUAAGCAAAUUGACCGAAAUUGUUAAUUUUUAACACAGAAUGAAACAAAUAAAGCUAGGUUUAUUUCAAAAAUUACGUACAAACAAAAUUAUGAUUAUGCUACUCUGAAUUAGUUACUUAUUUAUUAACAAAAUCUUCAAAUUGAUGAACAAAAAUUAAUAAUAAAAUUAAAAUUGAUUUAAAAAUUUUGACUACGUCUAGUCCUUGUGAUAGAUGUAAUUACGCUGCGACUUCAACAAGUUUACUGAAAACUCGUAUUAAGUGUAAACACAAAGAAGUGAAAUAUCCUUGAGAUAAAUGUAAAUUUCAAGAAGAAGGAAUAAAGGUGGAAGAGUGUGAGUUGAAGAAGAAGAUGGUUUGUAUCAAGGAUAAAGUAAUUACUCCUACUGUAGAGGAUACAUGUACUGUUUAUGUACAAGAAGAAGAAAUAAAGGUGGAAGAAUGUGAGUUGAAGAAGAAGAUGGUUUAUAUCAAGGAUAAAGUAAUUACUCAUACUGUAGAAGAUACAUGUACUGUAUAUGUACAGGGGGAAGAUGUCAAGAUGGAAAACAUUGGGAUUCAAAGUGAAAUAGUUCUCAAUGAAGAGGAUCCUCUGCUGGUUGGAUCUAAGAUAACCAUGAAGAGAAAACAUGAACGAGUAAGAUAUUCAUGUGAUAAAUAUGAAGUAGUGAACCUGGAAGAGGAUCCUCCGCUGUCUGAGUCAAGGAGAAAUGCGAGUAUUUUGCAACAAAAGCAACUUUCUUUACAGAACACAUUAAGAAUAAUCACACAGGAGUGAAAUAUCCCUGUGAUAAAUGUGAGUUUUCUGCAACCACGGAAUAUUCCCUUAAGAAACACAGCGAAAGCAAACAUGAAACAGUGAGAUAUUUCUGUAACUAAUGUAAGUUUUGAACAACUGUAGCACAUACUCUUAAAAAACACAUCGACAGCAAACAAUGCUACAAGCAUCUAGUGAAAAAGGAAUCAAACUAUUUACUAGUCUUGUUAACGAAUCAAUCCAAGAAGGACGAGUUCCAGAAGAUCUACUAGUUGGAAAAAUGACACUAAUUGUUAAAACGUAACCAUCACUAGAAUGAUGUGAUAAAUGUGAGUUUGCUGCGGCCACUAAAAGUUCUCUUAAGAAACAUAUUGAAAAAAGCAUGAAAAGGAAAAUAUCCUUGUGACAUGUAAAGUAUUCGGCUCCAAAAGCAAUCCAAUCUAAGAGUUAAUGUUCAGAGUAAACGCGAAUCAUUUUUACAUCCGUGAACUGAUUAAUUUUUGAUGUUAUAACAUAUAUUUUUGACAAUGUAUGAUAAUUUUGAUUUUUGUUGUUAAAU